GGUGUCGUAGGUGGUUUUAGAUGGGGUCAAGUGGACAGUGACGUUCAAGCAUCCUCCCUGCUCUCAGCCAUCUAUGUGGAUUCAGGCCAGCCGAAGCUGGGAGGAAAGAGAGAGAAGGAGCAGCUUACACUGGCGAAGGAAGCUGGGAGAACAUGCAGACUUUGGCUUUUCCUGCCCUCUCUUCCUCUAGUCUGGACUUCCCAGGACACAGUUGUUCUCCACGGGAGAAACCGGGAGGAGAAGGCAAGAAAUGACCGUUGAAGUAAUGGAAGCCACGUUACAGGACUCAGUGACAUUCAAAGAUGUUGAGGUAGACUUCUCCCAGGAGGAAUGGGAGCAGCUGAACCCGGCUCAGAGGAGUUUGUACAGGACUGUGGUGCUGGAGAACUACCGGAACUUGGUCUCAGUGGGAGCUUGUAUUUCCAAGCCACAUCUAAUCUUGUUACUGGAGCACGGGAAGGCGCCUUGGGAGGUGAAGGGCGAGUCGACGAGAAGCGCAUCACAAGAUGGGGAAUUUGUACACAAGAUACAAGAAGUGUCUCUGAAGCAGUUUGUGUUUGAUAAUGUGUCAGUGGAGAAAAUUACAAGUUUUUGUCCUGAGGGUCCCACGACUGGAAAAAGGUGGAAAUGUCAAGACCUUUUUGAAAGACAAAUGAUGAAUCAAGACAUAUUAUUUCACAUGAAAGAAACAGUCACUCAUAAAGAAACUCACACUAAAGAAAUAGGCUUCAAAUACUCCAAAUCUUCAAAGGCUCUCCAUUCGGACAACGUAGAAGAGACUAUUUACAGUCACAAGUUAAAUAAGAAAAGCUUCUCCAGAAAUCCCAAGGUACGAAAAUACAAGAAAAUCUGGGCAGGAAAGAACAUUUUCAAAUGUAACGAAUGUGAGAAAACCUUUACCCAUAGCUCAUCUGUUACUGUUCAUCAGAGAAUUCAUACGGGUGAAAAACCAUAUAAAUGCACAGUGUGUGGAAAAGCCUUCAAGCAGGGCCAUCACCUUGCUCAGCAUCAUACAACUCACACCCAUGAGAAACUCUUUGAAUGUAAGGAAUGUAAGAAAGCCUUCAGCCAGAACUCAUACCUCAUUGUGCAUCAAAGAAUUCAUACUGGAGAAAAACCAUAUAAGUGUAAGGAGUGUACAAAAUCCUUCAGGCAGCCUGCACAUCUCGCCCAGCAUCAGAGGAUUCACACAGGGGAGAAACCCUACAAGUGUACGGAAUGUGGGAAGGCCUUCAGGGAUAGUUCUACCUUUGCACAGCAUCAGAGGUGUCACAGUGGCAAACGGCCCUUUCAGUGUGUUGAGUGUGGUCAAGCCUUCAGGUAUAAUAUGUCCCUUACUCGUCACUUUAGGCAUUAUCACACUGGAGAGAAGCCAUUUGAUUGCACUGAUUGUGGGAAAGUCUUCAGUGUUCACAUAGGACUGACUUUGCACAGGAGAAUUCACACUGGAGAGAAACCUUACAAAUGUAACGUGUGUGGAAAAGCCUUCCGCAGUGGGUCAUCCCUGACUGUACACCACAGAACUCACACUGGUGAGAAGCCUUAUAAAUGUAAUGUUUGUGGGAAAGCCUUCAGCCAUAGCAUGUCACUCACUGGCCAUCAAAGAGUUCAUUCUGGAGAGAAACCUUAUAAAUGUAAAGAGUGUGGGAAAGCUUUUCGGCAGAGUAUACAUCUUGUUGUUCAUUCGAGAAUUCAUACUGGAGAAAAACCCUAUGAAUGUAAGGAAUGUGGGAGAGCUUUUAGAGAAAGUUCACAGCUGACCACUCAUCAGAGAAAUCACACAGGAGAAAAACCUUUUGAAUGUAAGCAGUGUGGUAAGUUUUUCAAAAGAAGUACCUAUCUUGCCAGACAUCAGAAAAUCCAUUCAGGAGAAAAACCUCAUGAGUGUAAUGAAUGUGGGAAAACCUUCACUCACACUGCCUACCUUAUUAGACAUAAGAGAGUCCAUACUGGAGAGAAACCUUACAAAUGUACCGAAUGUGGAAAGGCGUUUGGUGAUGGCUCAUCCCGUGCUCAGCAUCAGAGACUCCACACAGGUCAGAGGCCCUAUGUAUGUGAUCAGUGUGGAAAGACAUUCAGAACAAAGUCAUCUCUUAAUUGUCACCAAAGAUGUCAUACUGGAAAGAAACCUUAAAACUGUAUCCCCUUCGGCAAAUCCUUUAGCCACUGAUAAACAGUUACUGCA